AAGCGAGAGGGCGAGCUGUGGUUAUAAAUAAAGCUUUGAAUGCCAGAACAGGGCUGUAAAUGUUCGACCAGCUGCAAAACAACUGUAACACGAGGGAAGGCUUAUUAGUAGUUAUAACACGCUCGAGUAUCAGUUCGUUUGUUGCAAAAUGAUGUAAAUGUUUCCACACGGCAGGAAGGCGACACCAUUCUGAACACCGUUGGAGAAACAUUUCCUGUCGGAGACUAAAACAAACCUUAACCCCAUGCUUUUUUCCUUCCCUCCCCUUUAGUGUCCUGGUUGCCAUGGAGAGCUCGUCGGUGGCGUCGGCUUCGUCGGAGGCGGGAAGCACGCGCUCGCAGGAGAUAGAAGAACUGGAGCGAUUCAUCGACAGCUACGUGCUUGAGUAUCAAGUGCAGGGACUUCUAAACGAAAAGAAUGACAACGAGAACGACAACGUAGACAAGACGCAGACCAACAUCACUCAGUGGACGGAGGACUGCAGUGAUAAGAUAGACGGGAGCUGGACGUCCUCACGCGACAGGGGCUCGUCCAAACCGGAUGAGUGGGAACACAGCAGUAACGGAAGUACGGGUUCUAGGCCGAGUUCAGGUUCUCGACCCGGAUCCGGUUCGAGAUCAGGCAGCCACGGACGCAAUAAACAGUUCUGUGCACCGUCUAAGAACGGAAACAGAGACGGCUCGUUCGACAUACUGGGGACCGACAUAUGGGCCGCCAACACCAUGGACUCCCGCGGCGGUGCGACGUGGGACCUGCAGCCAGAAAAGCUGGAUUUCUCACAGUUUCCCAGGAAGCAGUACAGAGGAACACCGAAACCCCUCCCACACAUUGACCGUGAAGGAAUGAUGAAGAGCAGAUACGAUGAUGACGGUAUUGAUCUGAAUGACAUAGAGAAAUUCCUGCCUGGACUCCCAGUUUUCCCACCGAUGCCUAACGAAGCCGAGAUCGCUCACACCAAAAAGCUCUUCCGCCGCCGCCGAAACGACCGCCGACACGCCGAGGCGCCGCAGGACGAUCUGACCGUGCUGCUGCCCUGCGACGGGAAACGCCAAGUGUCCAGGAGACAGCAGCGUCCUUCUGGAGGUGGAGGAGGAGGAGGAGUUGUUGGUGGUGGAGGUGGUGGUGGUGGUGGUGGAGGUGGAGGGCCCAAAUCUCACAAUCUGCAGCAGCAACAUCAGCAACAUCAGCAGGUUCCAUCACAUUCCCAACAGCAGCAUCAGUCGACCAAUCCAAUGCAACAGCUCAUCGCCGACCCCCAGUCAGAAGGCUUUAAUGCCAGGCACGGACACGGAGGGCGGGGCUACCAAAGCGGGCAGCAGGGCCGCGGGCAUCACCAUGGUUACAGCCAGAACCGGCGCUGGCACCAGCAGCACAGACAGCCGGGCCAGUGGAACGCCAAAGACACAGACAGCGUGAAGGAGGACGAGAACGAACACAAGACGUCCAGAGCGAAGGACAACGCCGCAGGAGACGACAACAAGAACAACAGAAAGCAGGAGAAGACGGAGGGAGGAAAAAAAUUCAGCUUGUUGCAGUCCUCUAAAGAUAGGCUGAGGAGACGGCUGAACGAGAAGGAGGAGGUUCCCGUGGCGACACCGGGGCCUCAGCGUAACCUCAUGGACAAGCUGCUAGAGAUCCUGAACAGCAUGAGGAGUAACAGCAGCGGCGUCGAGGCUCAGCUGGCUUCCUUUAUGGAGGAGGCGCAGAGCUCUGCACAGUCGGAGGAGACUCUCAACGAGAUCGUGCACACCAUCUACAGCAAAGCCGUCCAAGACCGAGGCUUCGCCGUCACCGCCGCCAAACUCUGCUACAAGAUGGCGCUCUUCAUGACUGAGGGCACCAGGUUCCGCUCGCUGCUGCUCAACAUGUUACAGAGGGACUUUACACGCCGUGAGGAGCUGCAGCAGACCGACGUGGAGAGCUGGCUGGGCUUCAUCACCUUCCUGUGUGAGGUGUUCAGCACCAUGAGGAGCAGCACAGGAGAGCCGUACAGAGUGCUCGUGUGCCCCAUCUACACCUGCUUACGAGAGUUGCUGGAGUCGGCGGAGGUCAAGGAAGAUGCCGUGCUUUGCUGCUCGAUGGAGCUGCAGAGAGCCGGGCGGCUGUUGGAGGAGCAGUUGCCAGAGAUGAUGAUGGAGCUGUUAGCCGCAGUGAGGGAUAAGAUGCUGAGUCCAUCCGAGUCUCCGCUCACACGCUCGCUGCUCAUGGAGGUCAUCGAGCUGCAUGCUCAUCAGUGGAGCCCCCUGGAGGCCCUCACCACACAGUACUACAACAGAACCAUCCAGAAACUCACUGCAUGACCGCUACACACACACACACACACACACACACACACACACACACACACACACCCUGGUGGAGCCCUCUUCAGGACCUUCUCACUCAGUACUACAAGAGUCAAACUGACUGUGUGAUAAAACUAACACACACAAGAAGGAAAGGUCUGCUCCAAGAGAUGGAUGGAUGGACAGAUGGAUGAACGGGUGUGUACCCGGAUGGAUGUAAAGACAGGUGAAUGGGAAACUGCAUGGAUGAAUCGAGUGUAAGGAUGGAUGGAUGAAUAACAUGAAAGAAUGAGUGGAUGGAUGAAUAAAUGAAUUAACGUAUACCUGGACGGACGGACGGACGGACGGACAGAGGCGUAUGAAUGGAAGGAUGACUUUGUAAUCGGAUGGAUGGUUAGAAGGGUAA